CUCCAGUUAGAAAGCAGCUCCUGGCCUAUUACUGUGUCCCCAGGGGAGUCUGACUACUGGCCUACGGGACACCAAGGGCACAGUGACCUGCACUGCACCUCACACGCUGGGUGGUGUCUGAGCUACCAAACCACGAUCCUGACCAUGCACAGCCGCGGCCACCAUCCAGGGAAAAGAUCCUGAGCCGCUCUGCCAGCCCUCUCCCAAGGACGCCAUGGGGACCCGUGCAGUCCAGUGUUUGCUGUUCCUCCUCCUCCUGGGAGCCCCCUUCUUGGCCUCGGUGCAGAACUUGAAGUGUCACAAGGGCGUGUCCACCAGUAUAGAAAAGGACCCAAGCAGCGUGUUUAACUGGACCACGGAGGAGGCGGAGAGUUGUGAGAGCGGGUCCUUCUGCCAGGAAUCCCUUCUGAUGGUUAAAGCAGGGACCAAGACAGCAGUUUUGGCCACUAAGGGCUGCACCUCGGAUGGCACGCAGGCGGUGACGUAUGUCCAGCACUCCCCACCCCCAGGCAUUAUCACAGUGUCCUACACCAGCUACUGUGAUGAUUCCUUCUGCAACAACAGAAAGGACCUCCAGGAGCUUUGGAGGCCGGAAGAGACCCAAGAAGCCUCCAGAGCUCCCAAUACAUCAGGGGUACCCCUCUACUGCCCCACCUGUGUGGCUUUGGGGACCUGCCUGACUGCGCCUUCUCUUCUCUGUCCCAAUGAUACAAUCCAGUGCUAUGAAGGAAAACUUCAGAUCAGUGGAGGAGGCAUCGACUCUGUUCUGGAGAUCAAAGGUUGUACAUCAGUCACCGGUUGCGGACUGAUGGCUGGGUUCUUUACCAUAGGACCCAUGUGGGUGAAGGAAGUAUGUCCGCACCAGUCUCUCCCUCAACCCCGGAAGGUUGAAAAUGGGGCCACCUGGCUUCCUGUUUCAGUUUGGAGGUUAGGGCUGCUGCUGCUGCUGUUACUGCAAUAACUUGUCCGUUGUUCCCAAGGACAUGCUUCUGGUCCUGGGUUCCAGGACACCUCUUUUGACUGGGAGCCCUCUGACGGCUGGUCGUCCACAAGUUGAGAUUUGAAGAAAGGAAGUGUUCUUGUGGUUGUAUUUUAUAUUUCUAAUAAAGUCUCUACUGCAAUUUAUGUGUAA